GUUUCUGCCACGUCAGCAUUAAUGAAAUCAACGGUUAGAGAUGAAAGAGAGGCAACUGUCUCGCUUUAGCUUCCGAGCAAUCGUAGCCGUUGCUUACAUUCACCGACACCGUCUCUCUGUUUUUAAUAAUCUCCGGCGAUCCUGGGACGAGAGAAAAAGUGUGAGCUAGAGAAUAAUGAUUCGAACGAUUUUGUUGUUCCUUGUCGUCGUCGUCAUUGAGACGCGAGUACAAGCGCAGCUAGUGCCGCCGGUGAAGCAAGAUGGUUUCGUUUACCCACUGGGUCAUCGUUUUGACCCGGAUACUAUACUAAUUGAGGCGUAUUUUGACCCGGUUUGCCCGUACAGUAGAGACUCUUGGCCUCCACUGAAGCAAGCUCUUCAUCACUAUGGAUCUCGCGUUGCCUUUCUCCUCCAUCUCCUUCCUUUACCCUACCAUGACAAUGCAUAUGUAACCUCUCGGGCCUUACACAUUGUGAAUACCGUAAACGCCAAUGCUACUUUCAGUUUGCUGGAAGGGUUCUUCAAGCAUCAGUCAUUGUUCUACAACGCGAAAACAAACCUCCUGACAAGAGCUGCAGUUGUGGAGAAAAUAGUCGAACUUGGAACAGUCACGUUGGGAAAGUCAUAUCAAUCGGUCCUCAAAUCCGGCUUCAGCGACAAAAAAUCAGAUCGUGCUACCAGGGUUUCCUUCAAGUAUAGCGGUUCAAGAGGGGUUUAUGGGACACCAACCUUCUACGUUAACGGGUUUGUAUUGUCUGAUGCUGCUUCCCCCUCAAAUUUUGGAGGAUGGAAGAAAAUCAUCGAUCCUCUGGUUCAAGCACAUAAGGUGGAAGAUAACUUCAUUCCCUUCCUUGGAAGAUCUUAAGUGCUUUUACUGUGUCAUGCUACUAUACCACUAUCUGUAAACUGUAAUGUAUAAACUUCUUCAAAAUUUGUAUGUUGUUCAUUGUAAAUUUGUAAUAAAGGAAAGUGAUCCAU